AGAAUAUUUAACGGAUGAACCACGGCUACCACGUGUUCGUCGACCACCUGCUAGGUUUAUUGCUGAUACUACGUUGAUACCAUAA